AUGUCAGCCGAACUCACAAAGGUCGACUCCGCCGUUGCUGGCCUGUCGAUAAAGGAUGAGAAGGAGAAGAAGUCCCGUCGUGGCUCCGCGGAGGGGGUGUACAACAUCAAGGAACUUGAGGAGAAGAAGAUCGAAUUGACGCUACCGAUCGAAACGCAAAAGACUGGGUGGAAGCUGAACACCUCUCCAUCGACAAUCGAGGACAAAGACAUCCUGAAGAUGUACCUGGUCAACCCCCCGGUCAAGAAGAUUGACCUGCAUUUCCCGCUUGGUUUGGAAGUGACGGCUCGCAACAUGAAGGGCGUCACGGUGAAGGAUGCGCUGGACGCUAUCUACAAGCAGUUCAAGAAGAAGGCCGAUGAUGAGCUGGAGAACCCGUACCUCGCUGGCUUCGAGUGGGACAAGGACGAGUGCUGGACACGUCUGAUCGUCCACCAGAAGAAGCAUGGCCAGACGCAACAACCGGCCUCGGGUAAGAAGUCCAAGAAGAAGAACAAGGAGGAGGCCUAG